CGUUAGGUCGACAUCUCUUCGUCAACGAACUUCGCAUCCCUUGCAGUCCUAAUUCGUCCGUCCCAUUACCACCGUCGCCAAGGACACAGUGAAAAGAUGGAAGCGCAUACAGCAACAGUUGCAGCGCUUGCGUCACAAGUGAAGCAGUUCAGUGCUUCGAAGGUACCCUUCAGGAUUUAUCAUGGUUCCACAUUGUCAACACGGCACUCGCCUCGUCAACGCAAUCAGAUCAUCGACGUCAGCUCUCUAAACCACGUCCUCAAGUUCAACAAAUCGGAGAGGACAGUGCUUGUCGAGCCCAACGUCCCUAUGGACCAGCUUAUAGAUGCCACUCUUAUUCAAGGACUAUUGCCAAAGGUUGUCAUGGAACUGCCGAACAUCACGGUAGGCGGUGGUUUUGCAGGAACAAGUGGAGAGAGCAGCUCGUUCAGAUAUGGGCUCUUCGACAGUACUAUCAAAGGAAUAGAAAUUAUCCUGGGAAACGGGGAUAUCGUCUGGGCAUCUGCUGAAGAGCACCGAGACUUGUUUUUCUCCGCAGCCGGCAGCUGUGGUAGUCUUGGGGUUAUCACACUGCUUGAGAUGGAACUCAUUGACGCCAAAAGUCACGUUGAGUUGGAGUAUAUCCCAGUCGACAGUACAGAUGAAGCUGUAUCCCAACUCAGACACUACCAACACGAACCGGACGUGGCGUAUAUGGACGGCAUUCUCUACUCCCAAACCUACGGCGUAAUCAUGAUCGGUCGCCUUACGAACCAAACCAUCCCCAGCCGGAUCCAACGUUUUGACCGGGCAUCAGAUCCUUGGUUUUACAUUCAUGCAGAAUCUGUUUUGAAGUCUCUUACCAAAGUACCACAAGCAUUGUCCAGACCGACCACCCAUAAAGAGUACGUUCCUAUCAAGACCUAUCUCUUCCGCUACGACCGCGGCGUCUUCUGGUCUGGCCUUCGCGCUUUCAAAUACUUCGUCACACCCUUUAACGCCUUGACCCGGUAUCUCCUCGAUCCUUUCAUGAACAGCCGUACGAUGGUGCACGCUUUACACCGAUCAGGCAUCGCUGCGCAGACCAUCAUUCAAGACUUCGCUGUGCCCUACACCUCUGCCUCGGAGUUCAUCGAGUGGACUGAUGAGAGGACUGGGAUCUGGCCACUCUGGCUCUGCCCUGUCAAGUCUGCAUCGCAAGAUGAGAAGUCGUUCUCGCAAGGUAACAACAUCAAGGAUGAGAUCCUGCUCGACGUGGGCAUAUGGGACAUGGGACCCAAAGACUCACAUGCGUUUAUCAGACUUAACCGCGACUUUGAACAGAAAGUCACGGAGCUUGGAGGUAUGAAGUGUCUAUAUGCGCAUGCAUACUACACCGAGCAAGAAUUCUGGGACAUCUACGACAAAGAAAAGUACAUGGGCCUGAGGACGAAAUAUCAUGCUGAGAAUUUGCCGUCAGUGUACGAUAAGGUCAAAGUGGAUCUACAAGGUGUUGCCGGUGAAGUAUCUGAGAAGAGGGAUGUCGGAUGGGCCGAGUGGGCGUAUCAGAGUUUCUGGAAUACAUGGCCGUUGGGCGGGCUGUACGGGGUCGCGAGUGCGACAAAGGGAUUCUUGGUGAAGAGCGACUUCUUGUUGAAGAAGUAGCCAACUGACAUUCCUACAAUCCCUUGCGUAUUGAGUGCUCCACUCCACUGCACCCAAGCACGUCCGAAAUGCUUCUUGGCAGUUUUGUAGGAUCGAAAU